UGUACCUAAUGACACUGGAUAAGACGCCUGUCAAUCAAUUAGAAGGCGUGACCCGGACAGUUGAAGCCGUGAGGUCACUAAUCAUGAAGUGAGUGUACUGGCAGACGUUAUCUAUGAAAUAGACUUUCAAAAACUUCAACGCCAGAAUGACGGACGAAAAUGAACAUAUGAGGCCCCUUUUAUCAACGGGGCAGAGUGAUGAAGCCUUAGUGGAUCAUGGCAAGAGCAGCUUCGCCACAAACACAGACUACACCAAGGAGGAACUAGAGAGCCACCGUGCGGUGUACGUGGGGGUGCACGUGCCCCUGGGGCGGGAGAGCAAGCGUCGCCACCGCCACCGCAGCCACAAGCACCAUCACAAGAAGAAGAAGGACAGAGACUCACGCGACUCAGACCCAGAGACCGGCCGCGAGUCACCCACACACGACACCCCGUCCCAGAGAGUGCAGUUUAUCCUGGGCACGGAGGACGAUGACGUGGAGCACGUUCCCCACGAUCUCUUCACUGAGCUGGACGAGCUCUCCUUCAGAGACGGGGUCGCCACAGACUGGAAGGAGACCGCCAGGUGGCUGAAGUUUGAGGAGGAUGUGGAGGAUGGCGGUGAGCGCUGGAGUAAGCCCUACGUGGCCACCCUCUCUCUGCACAGCCUGUUUGAGCUGCGCUCAUGCAUCCUCAAUGGCACCGUCAUGCUGGACAUGAGAGCCGACAGCAUCGAGGAGAUCGCAGACAUGCUGAUCGACACGAUGGUGGCGUCGGGUCAGCUGGCGUCGGGCCUGCGGGACAAGGUGCGCGAGGCCAUGCUGAAGAAACACCACCACCAGAACGAGCGCAAGCUCAGCAACCGCAUCCCCCUGGUGCGCUCCAUCGCCGACAUAGGCAAGAAACACAAUGACUCUGACCCACACAUGCUCGAGUGCAACGGGGAAGGCUUGUCGGCGUCUCGCCACUCCCUCUUGAAGCCGGGCGUCUCCUCCUCCAAUCUGUCCCAGCCGCAGCAGCAGCAGCAUCAUCGCCGGGAGUCGCGCGUCUCCACGCUCAUCAACCACCUCCUCCCCGGCGGCACGGGCCACACCCCGUCCCCCUCCCCCUCCCCCUCGCCCGCCCCGACCCCGCACAGCUCCCCUCCGUCGUCACGGCGACAGCUCUCCGCUGCUGCCGUUCCCCCGGCGGUGCACGGCCCCACAAACGCCUCCUCCACCUCUCCACAACCCCAGCAGCAGCCGCUGUUCAUCCCGGAGGUGGUGGUGUCGCCCCCUAGCGACGAGCAGGAAGCGGCGCUGCAGGAGGACGAGGAGGAGACGCUGCGCUCCGUUCCACCAAUCAGGGACGAGGAGGCCUCGGACGCCCGGCAGCCCGGCAACCACCACAACAACACCACCACCGCCUCCCUCACCACCAACAGCUCCUCCUCUGCGGCCCGCACGGGGCUGCUGCCCGCUCCUGAAGGAGGAAUGGUACCUGCACCAUCCGUCGGCAGCAACCUGGAUGGAGGGAAAGGCUCCGACCGUAGGAUAUCCAAACAAGGGGUUGACUCCAACUUCAUGAAGAAGAUUCCUCCGGACGCGGAGGCAUCCAACGUGCUGGUGGGGGAGGUGGACUUCCUGGAGAGGCCUAUCAACGCCUUCGUCCGCCUCUCGCCCGCUGUGCUGCUCACCGGCCUCACAGAGGUGCCCGUGCCAACCAGGUUCUUGUUCCUGUUGCUGGGUCCGCAUGGUAAGGGUCCCCAGUAUCAUGAGAUCGGCCGCUCCAUGGCCACCCUGAUGUCAGACGAGAUUUUCCAUGACGUGGCGUACAAGGCGAAGGACCGUGAGGAUCUGCUGGCGGGCAUCGACGAGUUCCUGGACCAGGUGACCGUGCUGCCACCCGGGGAGUGGGACCCCACCAUCAGAAUAGAACCCCCCAAGAACGUGCCAUCACAGACUAAGAGGAAGAGGCCUCCGCAGCCCAACGGCACGGCGUCCGCAUCAGAACACAUCAAGGAGGAGGAGCAUCAGAUCGGCCCUGAACUACAGAGGACCGGACGUAUAUUCGGGGGGCUGGUGAUGGACGUGAAGCGUAAGCUGCCGUUCUACUGGAGUGACAUCCGGGACGCGCUGCAGCUGCAGUGUCUGGCCUCCAUCCUCUUCCUCUACUGCGCAUGCAUGUCCCCCGUCAUCACCUUCGGGGGGCUACUGGGGGAGGCCACCAAGGGGAACAUCAGUGCCAUAGAGUCUCUGUUCGGGGCCUCCAUUACGGGCAUGGCCUACUCCUUGUUUGCCGGCCAGCCCCUCACCAUCCUGGGCAGCACGGGGCCUGUGCUGGUCUUCGAGAAGAUCCUCUUCAAGUUCUGCAAGGACUUCAGCCUGUCCUACCUGUCCCUGCGCACCUGCAUCGGGCUGUGGACGGCCUUCCUGUGUCUGCUGCUGGUGGCCACUGACGCCAGCUCGCUGGUCUGCUACAUCACGCGCUUCACCGAGGAGGCCUUCGCCGCCCUCAUCUGCAUCAUCUUCAUCUACGAGGCCCUGGAGAAGCUCUUCGACCUGGGGGAGCACUUCCCCGUCAACAAGCACAGCCACCUCGACAACCUCACUCUCUCCUCUUGUCACUGUUCGGCCCCGGCUCAGGUGACCAAUGAGACUUUGGCGGUGUGGAAUGAGACGGGCUACUCCGAUUCAGACUCCAUACCCUGGGAGACCUUCAAUGUCCCGACAUGCAAGGCGCUGCACGGUGACUUUGUGGGCUCGGCGUGCGGCCACCACGGGCCCUACAUCCCAGACGUCCUCUUCUGGUCCAUCAUCCUCUUCUUCACCACCUUCUUCCUCUCCUCUUUCCUCAAGCAGUUCAAGGCAGAGAGAUACUUCCCCACCAAGGUGCGCUCCACCAUCAGUGACUUUGCAGUGUUCCUGACCAUCAUGAUCAUGGUGCUGGUGGACUACCUGAUGGGAAUCCCCUCCCCCAAACUACAGGUGCCCGACCGCUUCGAGCCCACGUCUAAGAACCGCGGCUGGCUGAUGGACCCCAUAGGCCCCAACCCCUGGUGGACGGUGCCCAUCGCCAUCUUCCCUGCCCUGCUCUGCACCAUCCUCAUCUUCAUGGACCAGCAGAUUACCGCUGUCAUCGUCAACCGCAAGGAGCACAAGCUCAAGAAAGGCUGUGGGUACCACCUGGACCUCUUCAUCGUGGGGGUGAUGCUGGGCGUGUGCUCCAUCAUGGGGUUGCCGUGGUUCGUGGCUGCCACGGUGCUCAGCAUCACCCACGUCAACAGCCUGAAGGUGGAGUCUGGGUGCUCGGCGCCCGGGGAGCAGCCCAAGUUCCUGGGCAUCCGCGAGCAGCGCAUCACCGGCCUGCUCAUCUUCACCCUCAUGGGGCUCUCCGUCUUCAUGACCUCAGCACUGAAGUUCAUUCCCAUGCCGGUGCUGUAUGGAGUGUUUCUCUACAUGGGCGUCUCCUCUCUGAGAGGCAUUCAGUUCUUCGACCGCAUCAAGUUGUUUGGGAUGCCUGCUAAGCACCAGCCAGACUUGAUCUACCUGCGCUACGUGCCGCUGUGGAAGGUGCACCUCUUCACGCUGGUGCAGCUGACCUGCCUCGUGCUACUCUGGGUCAUCAAGGCAUCGGCUGCUGCUGUGGUCUUCCCCAUGAUGGUGCUGGCGUUGGUGUUCAUCCGUAAGCUGCUGGACUUCUUCUUCAGCAAGCGAGAGCUGAGCUGGCUGGACGACCUGAUGCCGGAGAGCAAGAAGAAGAAGGAGGACGACAAGAAGAAGGAGAAGCAGGAAACACAGUCUAGUGAUCAGGAGGACUUUCCAACAGUGGCAUGUGGAUCUUCAGGGCUUCAGGAGGCCCAGAGGAGGUUGCAGGAGGAGACGAGAGCAGAGGAGACAGGAGGAGGCGCAGCCACCUCAUACGGCACCAGCAACCUGCUCAAGAUCCCUGAACACACACACACCGGCAGCACUGAUGUGUCGGCUGUUAAUAUCACUGAUGAAAUGAACAAAAGCUCAGCAUGGAAAGCGGUGGCCCACACAAACGCCAUCAAGAAGAGCGACAGCCAGGAGAAGGUGGCGUGUGUGAGGAUGAGUGUUGAGCUGGAGAAUAUGGGGGCCGAGACGUCGCUGUGAAGAAGAAGAAGAGGAGGAUGAUGAUGAGAAAGGAAGAGGGGUUGGAAAUGUGGAAAUGAGAAGAGGGGGGGGGGGGUCACUCACUUCUGCCCCCACCUAGAACCCCCCAACCAAGACUCUACUGUGACCCAGCUAGUCCUGAAAUGCCCCCUUCUCCACCCCCAACCCUGUCCUCCUGAAUCGGGUCAAGCCAGGUCUGAGACCCCCCUAAAAUGACCUGCUGGGACCUCCCUCCCUCCCUCACUCACUGCAGCACCACCUAGUGGACAGACUGAUCAAUUGCAGCAGAGACUGCUUGGUGGGUGGCAUGGAGUAUCCUAUAAGUUGCACCACACACACACACAACAGACACACAGCGCACAGACACAUAUACACACCCACACACACACACACACACACACACACACACACACACACACACACAUAUACACACCCACACACACACACACACACAUAUACACAAACAAACACAUUCAGUAAAAAAAAACACGCACAGGCCAUGCAGAGCUUUGCUGCUCUACCACCCCUUCCUCCCUUGAUGCCAAAAGUACAGGAGCCAUGACACACACACACACACACACACACACACACACACACACACACACACACACACACACACACACACACACACACACAAUUUCAUUUUAGAGCAGGAUUUAUAAUUCUGCAUUUAAAAAUAUAUUAAAUAUGAUUGGUUGGUCACUUUGUUCAGUACAAGAGAUGGUGUUAGAGAGUGUGUCUUUGUUUCUGUCUCUGCAGUCUGAGUUGAGUUGACAGGUUUGUGAAUUAUUGGUGUUCUUGCCAUUUUAAAAAAAUGAAAACAUCUUAUCACAGUAGCUUAAAAAAAGAUAUUUAAAAGACACCACAGUCUUUUUUUCAAAGACAAAAGAGAUUUAAAAGACCCCUUGUAGUAUUUUAUUUUAAUUGAACUGCUGUACUGAACGAAGAUUUGAUGACAAGUUACUGUCUGUGUGCUGCUAUGACCUCUGUGUUGAAGUGUGUGCGAAUGCGGAUGCAUGGGUGUGUGUGUUUUCGUGUGUGGGCGUGUGUGCGUGCGUGCGUGUGUGUGUGUGGCCCCCACUGUAAACACUUAUUUAUAGUUCAGGUCUGUAAGGGGGGGAAGAGACACAUGGUAUCCUCUUGAAGUGAAUGUCAUUCAUAUUAAUAUAUUCAAGAGACAAGAUAAUGCCAUUGAAUGUUUACACACGUCUGCCACAUAAAGCAAUAGAAUUGUUCUGAGUGGA